CAUAAAUUAACUGCUAAUUCUUAAAAUGGAUAGUGAAGAAGACUCUAAAUCAGCCAGAAUGGCAGAGUAUGAGCAGGAUGAAGACUUUAAUGAGGAAGACCAUUUCCAACAGGAUUAUAACUCAAGCCAAAGAAGAGAAAUUGAAACGACAGAAGAAAUUAUCCUGAGACAUAUCGACAAUGAUAAAUUAAUCCAGUCUUAUAAGAGUGGAAAAGAGGAAAUAACAGACCUCGACUUUGACGUUAGAGGAAAUGUCUACAUAUGCAUCUUCUUAGCAGGGGUGUCUGACAAUCGUACGAACGUGUUCAAAACUACUCUUCAGAACAAUAAGAUGGAAUUUGAAGAGUUCAUUAAAAUCAAAGAUGACCAAAAGUUCUUUGACCUUCUCAUCUCGGAGCCAAAUCUAAUAUUGAAGGCAAUAGAGUACACAAUUGAGACCAAGAUGGUCUCAAUACUAGAGCAUAUUAUAGAUGAAGCUAGCUCUAACUAUUUAGACAUGCACAUUAAAGACGAUAUCAUCAAGAAAUUAAUUUGUCUGUCUGACGACAGCACUAAUAAACUCAUCCUCAGAAGACUAUGAGGAAGAUACAUUACAUUGCUGCAGACAUCAGAGAGAUUUGAGCAUUCUUUAGAUGAAGAUAAAGAAAUUAGUCAUAUUGCUGAGGAUUCAGAAGAUAUUUCAAUCAUGAAUAAAGAUCCUGUUGAAACCAAAAAUCCCAGAGACCUAAUGCCAUACUCUACUGAGACAAAAAUAAAACCCUCUAAAGGAGAUCAUGAAGACUACUCAAAGGAUGAUGAAGAUAUCAAGCACAAUUAUCGCCCCAAUAGAGGCAUGACCUCGAAGAUGGGUAAAAUCAAUAGCGGUGGCCCCAAGGUGGGCGCGGCAAAAGCUGUUAGAGAGAACUUUUACACAAAAUAUCUCGAAAGAUCUGAUGUCAUAGAAAUUGCCAUUGACCUCCUUGAUCAAGAAGAUGUUAUUAAGCUCAUUUAUGUGCUGUAUGACGACUUUGGUGAACCAACACCAGAUAAUUAUAAACUGUUUAAACUCCUGAUCCAGACUGAGCAUAUGGAAUUAUUUGAGUUAUGCAUACAAAGAUGUCUUGAUCCAAAGAAGAUGUCAUUUGACACAUUUGAAGACAUCAAAGCUCAAGUGGAUCAAGAAAGGUCAACCUUCAUGAAAAGAAUUAAUCGAUCUAAAAAUUUAGAGGAAGACGAAAAAUAUCUGAUUAAAUCGAAAGGAAGCAGGUACGAUGUUCAAGAAAUUGUAUCUGAUUGCUUCGCUAAUGCUAUUGUAAUGAACAAAAUGCAUAUUGCUUUCUAUCUUUACAGAGAAUACAAGAAGGCUGUUUUAGGAAAUGUCCAAAUGUCUAUUGAUUCCAUUCUUUAUGCAUUUAAGGUCGACUAUCAAGUGAAAAAUAAAAUUAUUAAUGUUGAGGAAAGACUUUUUGUGCUAGAAAAGUUCAUACCAUACAUUGACUAUCAGAAAUCUUUUGAAUUGAUAGAAACAUAUAGGAAUUUAAUAUGUGAAACUCCUGAAUUAAACUUUAUGACUUAUUGAAAGAAUCCCCUUAAGAUUAUCGUGACUAUGAUAUCUCAAAUUCGGCAAUUAAAGAUAGCUUAUCCUUUACUAAAAUACCAAGUAGAUCACCUGAACGAUAUUUUAGAAAAUAUUGGAAGCAUAGUUAUUAGAAAUUCUAAGAGUGUUGACGAUGUGCAAGAUCUUCUCCUCGACAAGCUUUAUAACGACAUUGAGAUAAUUGAUAUGAUAGCACAUCUUAACUGUAUUCCAAUACUACAAAAUCCAAUUGUUGAUGUAAUUAUUUCGAAUAUGUAUUAUGGUCCGUACCAAAGAGGGUCAUUCCUCAAAGACAGCAAAUGCUUUCAAAUAAUUCAAGAUGAAUUAAGUUUCUUCCCAGGAGAUGACGUCACUGCAUCAUCAAAAAUGACUAUAUUCUCUUACAAAGAAGGAAAUGCAGCGACGAUGAGAUCGAGUAAUGUUUAUGAAAUCGAGGAUGGAGGGGAUCCAUUUGAAAUAUCAGAUGAGCAGAUUAAAGAAAAUGCAGGAAACGAUAGCAAAGAGAUAGGCCAUAUGUUCCAAUUUGUUGUUUGGAAGAAAUCACUUGAUGUCAAGUACAUCUUCAAUGCAGUUAUUGCUUUCACUCUUGCAGUAGUUAUGCAAGUAUUUUCUGCAUUAUUGAUAGAACAGAUCAGAGAUGCUGACUCAAUUGACGACAAGAUUACAGAGACUUCAGAGAAUAGUUCAUUGAGCACUGUAGAAAAAUAAUAAGCUUUUGGAUCAGUAUACAGAUGAGCUUGAGGAUUCUACUGCUCUUUAUUAUGAAUACAUUACUUUUUUGCUGAUAAUUCAUGUUCUCACUAUAGCAUAUUUGUUUCAAAAUUUCCAGGAGAUUAUCUAUUCAAGAUUGAGAGGAGUUUACACUAAAGUGAUUACUCUCUCCAUCAUCUUGAAUUUUUUGACAUCAGCCUUGGUCAUAUACUGGCUUUACAAGUAUCUUUAUCAAUAUACUGUUGAUCUUGAUGGAGUUGACUCCAGAAGGAAGGUCAAAACCAUAAUUGAUAGAAUUAAAGAUGAUGAUUAUUUCGACCUUGAAUUGGCUAUUGCCUUCUUGACAAGUAUCCAGUACACAAGAAUGAUAUUUGCUCUCCAGAUGAGUAGAAUAUUUGGACCAAUGGUUAAGAUUCUAGGAAACAUGCUUAUUGAUUUGUCUCUAUUCAUCUUCAUGUAUCUCUUAGUAUUCCUGAUAUUUACUUGUGCGUCACAGCUUAUGUUUAACCAAAUUGAAGGAUAUGAUAGUUUUAUCAACUGCACUCUAACUUUAUUCAGCGCAGCUCUCGGAGAUUUCUCAUUUGAUGUAUUUGCAGAGGAGUCUACAUUUACUAGAAAUAUCGGAUACCUCUUCUUGAUAAGUUACUUAAUAGUCUCUACUAUUACUUUAUUGAACUUUUUGAUUGCUAUUCUAUCAAACACUUAUGACUUCCUGACAGGACAUAAGAAUGCUCUUUAUUUAAGGGAAGUUAUUUAUCUCAGACAACAGUAUGGGUACGAGCCUAGAUACUCUUCAAUAAUCUCUGCUUUCGUGCCUUUGAACAUCUUUGCUAUGAUCAUGGACCCAAUUAUUAUCUGUUUGAAGUCAAGUAAAAUCAAUGACAUGUUCCUUCUUUUCGAGUAUAUCGUGCUCGGAAUACUCUCUGUUAUCAUAUUUUUUGCGAUCAGCGCAUUGCUUUUACCAAUAUCAUAUGUCAUUUUAAUAUUGGAUAAACUUAAAUUCUGAUUCACAAAGCCCUUCUUAGGAAAAGGAGAUGUAUUGUACAGAGUUUUGGACUUAAUCACUAUUUUCUUCAUCGGUCUCCUCUGGCUUAUUAUCCUUCUGUUCUGGAGUACAGGGAAAUUUAUAGUCAAGCUAUUUGCUUCAGAUAUCAAGCUUUUAGAGGAAAAUAGGGAGGAAAAACAAGCGCAUACUAAUGCUUUAAAAGAUGGGAGUGUUGAUUAUACAAAAUUCAACUUAAUGUAUGGAGAUCCCGAAAGAGAAAUUAAUCUCGAAGCUCAGGAAAAAGCCAAGAGCCAAAACAAAAAUAAAACACAAAAGAAUUACUCUACUGGAAAUGUUGGAAACCCUAUCAAGGGAGGUAUGAGUUUGACAACUCUUAAACUACUCAAGAUUACAUUACUAAUAAUGAGGGAUGACUACUUGAAAAAGACAAAGAAGGAUAAAACAACGACUAUUAUGGUUCCCAUGGGAUGUUUGAUUAAGGAAAUAUACAAACACUUCUUCAUCCAAGAGCAUAUUAACCAAAUCUGACUCGGAGUAUAUUAUGAAAAAGACCAAGGCUUCUUUGAGACUGAAAGAUAUUCCAGAAUAGUGGAAGGAUUCAAAUAUUAUGAAGCAAAGGAUGCCAAACUAGCUACAGACAAAGCUAAUUAUAAAAACUUAGCCAGAGGUAUUUACCUGAAACCAAUGAUUGAGAGGAAGAAUGAUAUCAGAGCCUUGUACUGGAGAAACAAACUUAAAUCCUUCCUUAUGGAUAGUGAAGAGAAAUGGAUUCUCGACCAAUAUAACCAGAUAAAAAGAUUCUGAAAUGAGAAUGCUGUCGAAGCUGUACCCACAUGAUAUUCUAUUGAAGAUCUGAAAGAAGCUGGAGGAUCAGCUGAAGGCAGUUCAAAAUCAGACAAUUUCUCUAGAAAAGAUAAUUCAAAAGCGAACACUUCAUUUGCAAAGAAACCAGGAUCAUUUGAGUCACAGUCAACAAAUGAUUCUCUAAAGUCCUCAAGUGCAAAAGCAGAAUCUGAAAAGAACGAUCAGAUUCCAAAAGAGAAAUGUCCGACUAUUGACAUCAGUUCUUUACUAGAAACAUUCAUAGAGAUAGAGAAGAAUCUAGAAAUGAGAAAAAUCUUAAACAGCAAAAGAGUGAACAGACAAAAACUAAGAUAUCUUGGAGAGAAAUCUGUCAUUAACGAGAAAGAUGAGUACGAUGGCCAUAUCCAAGACACACAUAUUCCCAAAUCAUUCUUACUAAAGGAAAGCUCAAUGAUAAGCUUCAAGAGGAACUGGGAAUCCUUAGCUGAAGCCCUUGAGGAGGUAAAUAAUUAAAUUU